GCUGACGUUAGACGGGAAGCUAACUGGACGUUUUGCAGUAGUAAUGGCAAACGGACUAGGGCGAGUUAUUUUAUUUCACUGAGCUUCUACAACAAUAUUUUUAUGGCGUGGCUGACUGCUUAAUUUGAUUUUUUAAGGACUACCUCGGGGCUAACAGCCACUUGGUCAGCUAGCAAACCAGUGUAGCUUUCUUGAUACAGUAGUGGCAGACUCCGUAGCAGAGUUAGCUUUGUGCUAGCGGCUAACAUUUAACCGGGCGUGUCAUGUUUGGCACCGUUGGAGUUUGAGCUAAUGUCCAAAAAAAAAAAAUUGACAUUUUUGUGGAUGACAUUUGUAAGCAACAUUAACUCAACUGACAGGCAGUGGAGUAGAGAUGUGCUAACAAGCUGAUGCUACCAUGUUGUCUGAACUACUGCAAGGCACCGACAGUGGAGCGAUUCUUAUAAUACAAGAUUCCUGUAGUUAUUCCGGACAGCACCUACUGCAGAGCUUCAUUAAUGCUGCGCUGAACAGAGAGGAAGCUGUCCAUGUCUUUGGUUUUGAUGUCAGUGAGGAAGAACUGAAACAUGGAUUAACAUCAUCUACUCAGAGGCUACACUUUCACAAUGCUUAUAUGGACCCCCUUGGGUGGACAAAUCAGUCAGCUUUUACGGUUCACCAGUUUUGUGUGGACAAACUCACACAUCUGAUCAAACAAACAUCACACCCCAAACCAGCUACUUUAGUAAUCAACUCUCUAUCAUGGAUAUUGAGACAUGUGAGUCCACCUGCUGUCUGCAAGACUCUUCAUCAGCUUAAGAAAGGAGGAGCCGUGAGAGCUGUUAUUGGUCUGCUCCAUGCAGAUAUGCACCAGAGCGGUACUGUGGGAAGCGUCUGCCACUUGGCUACUUCAGUCAUCACCGUGGCACCCGGAAUUAAAGGAGAUGAAGCAAUGGCAAAAAUAACUAAGCGAUCAAAGUCAGGGAAAGUUACACAAGAUGAGGAGAUAUUCAGCAUCAAAGAGGAUCUUUCAGUUACUGUAAUGAGCAAACCGAACCAUACCGGACACAAACAGACUGAGCCCGAGGAACAGCAGAUGGACCCAGCAGCCAACUUGACCUUCAACCUUCGCCUGUCUGAUACAGAGCGUGAGGCCAAGGAGAAACUUGCACUUCCAUUUGUCUUCAGCAAAGAGAAGAAAACGGCUCUGCUCCAGUCGGGCCCGGGUUCAGGUCGAAUUCUGUAUGAGCCCGAUGCCAGCGACGACUACGACCAGGAGGACCCUGAUGAUGAUCUUGAUGUUUAAGUUUAAGGCAGAGGCUGCUGAAAAUCCAUGUUUCAUGUGCUUUUUUGAUAAAGGACUAAAGCACUGAAAAUGAUUCAAACUUAUUUCCUAAUAUUUUUUUUCUUUGUGGAUGAAGUUUAGUUUGUGUGGCUGUUAUUUUACAAAUUAAUUUACUUUUUCAUGUCCUGACCUUUACACUGAAAUGAAAAAUUCUAUAGUAAUUAUUAAAUCAUCUGAUGAGAAAAAUACUGCUCACAGCAGGAAAAUGUGAGGGUCACAUACAUAUUGUCUCAGUGCCUAAAAUCUCUUAAAUCAAGUUGUCCGUUGUGUACAAUACUUUUGUUUUAUUUAUGAGCCUUUGAGGAUGACUUGUGAUUAAAGUUU